CUCUCAAUUCCUGUCCUUACUCUUAAAAGUCUGCAUGUUGAAUAAGUCACUUCGUAUGAGAGGAUAGUUUCUUCUGAGCAAGGUCACUGUUCACCAUUGAGGGAAGGUAGAAAGGAACCGGGAGCAAGCUUCACAGGAUUCCUCUCCGAUCAGAGUUGUAACACUUUCACAGGGAAGAAACCAUUCACAGCCUGAAGCAGAGCCCUGGUGAAAUGGUCCUGCAGACUAGGGGAAAACAUCCCCUUCAGAGUGCAACAUUUACAACGAUAACCUGAGCAUCUCUGCUGUACCUUAUCUCAACAGAGGAUGAUGGAUUCAGGGGAUUACUUUGGCUGGAUCCCAGAAAACUAAAGAAUAUGGAAGUUGGCAGAGCAUCAGAAUGGAGGAUCAUAGCAGACAGACAAGAUGCUGCCUCCAACAGCACACAUCUCCGUCGUGUCCUGGAUGAUGCUCUCCUGCCUGAUGCUCUUAUCUCAGGUUCAAGGUGAAGACUCCCUCAAGAAUAUACCCUCCGCACGCAUUAGUUGCCCCAAGGGCUCCCAGGCUUAUGGCUCCUACUGCUAUGCCUUGUUUCAGAUACCACAGACCUGGUUUGAUGCAGAAAUGGCUUGCCAAAAGAGGCCUGAAGGACACCUCGUAUCUGUGCUCAAUAGCGCUGAGGCUUCAUUCUUGUCCUCCAUGGUGAAGAGAACAGGAAGCAGCUACCAAUACACUUGGAUUGGGCUCCAUGACCCCACUCUGGGUGCAGAACCCAAUGGCGGCGGAUGGGAAUGGAGUAACAAUGAUGUGAUGAAUUACUUUAACUGGGAGAGGAACCCAUCUACUGCCUUAGACCGUGCUUUCUGUGGCAGCUUGUCAAGAGCUUCUGGAUUUCUAAAAUGGAGAGAUAUGACAUGUGAGGUGAAGUUGCCCUAUGUCUGCAAAUUUACCAGUUAAACUUAUCAGAGAGCAAACAUCCCAAAUUUGUCUUGAAGAGCAUCAUGGACAAGGGACAAAAUGUGAAGACUCACCUAGAAAAAGCAUUUUCUAUCUACAGCCCAUAUUAGAGCCUUAAUCUGCUCUUUCCAUAUUUGUCUUUAGUCCUUCUGGUAUAAGUUUGGGCUCAAUUCUAAAAUAAAAAUAAACUUUC